AGUUAAAAACGUCCGUGAAACCAAGUCCUUUCCAAGGGCACUUCUGACGUCCUGAUUACCUCGCUGACAAGAUCGUGGCUGUAUAUAAACACGGGAGCGCGCCUGCGCAGAGGGAAAGCGAGGAGCCGAGCCGAGCCGAGGGAGAAACAAAACACUCACUGUCACUCUGUCACACUGACAAACAAACACGGGAAGGGAGAGAAAGGGAAGUGAAACAGAGGCAGAUAACUUUUAGUAAUUUUUUCCCCCCCCCCCACUUCACCUUCUUCUUCCUUGGAUACUCAUACUCCAGGGAGAGAGCGAGAGCCAGUGAGUGCGGAGCAGCUCCAGGCAUGGCGGCGUUGGGCGUGGCCGGAGUGGCGGCGCUACUCUCCUUCUCCGUCUUCACCGGGGUCACCGCCGACACCAACUCCGACGACGUGACGGCCCUCAACACGUUCUACACAACCGUGAACUCGCCGUCGCAGCUGACAAACUGGGCACCCCAGAACGGCGACCCAUGUGGCCAGUCUUGGCUCGGGGUUACUUGUUCUGGUUCAAGAGUGACAACAAUGUGAGAAAAGUACCUGGCAUGGGGCUAAAAGGGACCCUGGGAUACAACAUGAAUCUUCUCACUGAACUGUCUGAGCUUGAUGUGAGCAACAAUAAUCUUGGAGGAAGUGAUAUCCCUUAUAAUCUCCCACCAAAUCUUGAGAGACUAAAUCUUGAGAAAAACAACUUCAUUGGGACUUUACCUUACUCCAUUUCCCAAAUGGCUGCACUUAAAUAUUUAAAUCUUGGUCAUAAUCAGCUGUCAGACAUCAAUGUUAUGUUCGACCAACUCACCAACUUAACAACACUGGACUUCUCAUACAACUCGUUUUCUGGAAAUCUUCCUGAAAGCUUCAACUCCUUGACAAGUUUGAGCACACUUUAUUUGCAGGACAACCAAUUUACUGGUACGAUAGAUGUCCUCACUGAUCUCCCUCUGACAGACCUAAAUGUUGCAAAUAACCAAUUCAGUGGGUCGAUUCCUGAUAAGCUGAAGAGCAUAAGCAAUCUCCAGACAAGUGGUAACUCCUUCAGCAACAGUCCUGCAUCAGCAACAACACCUCCGUCAUACAAUCCACCUUCGCGACCAUCACCUUCUAGAACUCCUAGUCAUAGUAACAAUAACAAUGGCCCAUCGAGAGAAAGUGAUACCAAUAAUGGUGGUGGCAAAAGCUCCAAAGUAGGAGGUGCUGCAGUUGCGGGAAUUGUGAUAUCUCUGGUGGUUGUCGGUGCAGUGGUUGCCUUCUUUCUGAUCAAGAGGAAAUCUGUGAGGCGUCAACAGGGAUAUGAUCCUGAAAAGAAUGAGCAUCUCAGCCCUCUUGCUUCCAGGAAAAUUAAACAGCUGAGGCCCAUCCGUACUGUCUCACUCUCACCCACUGCAAAGGAACUGAAGAAGAAUGUCUCGAUGAACUUGAAACCACCAUCAAAAAUAGAGCUUCACAAGUCCUUUGACGAAAAUGAUCCCACUAACAAGCCUGCCACAGAGAAAGUAAACGUCUCUUCCAUCAGGGCAACUGCAUAUACAGUGGCAGACCUGCAGGUAGCAACAAAGAGCUUCAGUGCUGACAAUCUAGUCAGUGAAGGCCGUUUUGGCUGCAUUUACAGAGCACAACUUUGUGAUCAGAAGAUUCUGGCUGUGAAGAAAAUCAAUUUCUCUGCCCUACCAGGCCACCCAUCUGAUUUCUUCAUCGAGCUGGUUGGCAACAUUGCAAAGCUAAAUCAUCCAAACCUCUCAGAGCUAGAUGGCUACUGCUCGGAGCAUGGACAGUGCUUGCUGGCAUAUGAAUUCUACAAGAAUGGAUCUCUUUAUGACCUCCUUCACCUGUCAGAUGGGUACAGCAAACCAUUAUCUUGGAAUAAUCGUGUAAAGAUUGCUCUAGGAUCAGCGAGGGCAUUAGAGUACCUACAUGAAACUUGUUCGCCGCCUAUCAUCCACAAGAACUUCAAAUCAUCUAACAUACUGUUGGAUGAUGAUCUUAACCCCCAUAUUUCAGAUUGCGGAUUUGCAGACCUAAUUCCCAACCAGGAACUCCAGGAAUCAGAUGACAACUUAGGAUAUAGAGCUCCUGAGGUGACCAUGUCUGGUCAGUAUUCUCAAAAGAGCGAUGUCUACAGCUUUGGUGUCGUCAUGCUUGAGCUACUGACUGGCCGGAAAGCAUUUGACAGCUGUCGGGCAAGGUCCCAGCAAUCAUUGGCCCGGUGGGCUUCGCCGCAGCUGCACGACAUCGACUCGCUAGAUCAGAUGGUUGAUCCAACACUAGAGGGGCUGUACCAUGCAAAAUCACUCUCUCGGUUUGCAGACGCAAUCGCUCUCUGUGUCCAGCCUGAGCCAGAAUUCAGGCCACCGAUGUCGGAGGUCGUCCAGUCACUGGUCCGUCUUGUGCAGCGAGCAAGCAUGGGGACAACACUAAGCAGCGAGUGGAAUUCUUGCCGGUUCGAUGAAUCCGGUGAUCACACGUUCUAGGGGAAAAUGAUGUGUAUUUCCUAGAGAGUCUGAUGAGGAGCUAUAGAAGACUCACAAGUCACAGAAACUUUGCAGCUUGGCUUUUUUGUGACGGUGUGAUAUGUGUGCCAGUGUCAGGUGAAAUAUGACUUUUACCUAUGCCAUUUUACUAUGAGUCAUUAUGUGUUUUGAGUUUUGUAUAUAAAAGCAAUGACCGGCUUUUCUGCAAUGCUGCUGGAACCUGAAGCAGGGCUGAAAAGAAAGUUCCUUUUUAAAAAUUUAUGUAUAUGAAUAUCUUUUGAAGACAAUCAACUUUCUGAGUUCGUCUC